CACUUGUGUUGUAAUCAAACACGCCAACUGUUCCAAUGUAAAAGUAUAAUAAAACCAAUAAUAUUAGAGUAAUUAUGAGUGACAGUGAAAUAUAGCCGAGCCUCAAAUUAAUCUCUCGGUAAUUAAUUUUAAUUUCUCUUUCUACGGCUCUUUAUCCAAAGGCAAUCGGUGUAUCUCUUACAUGUUGUGAAUUCUCUACCACAGUUGUCAACUUUGAAUAUUAAGAAGACCGCCAUUUGUUACUUCAUUAUUUGAAUACAACUUCAAAUCUUCAAAAGAUCGAAGGCUCUAGGAAACAUCUAGGAAAGCUUGAAAUGUGAGGACAGAAGGAUAUAUGGUCUGUGAUAUAAUUGCUGCAACUUGUGUAUAACAGAAUGACACAAGGAUUUCAAGAUCAAUUCCCCAUGUUAUGGAUCAGUGAUCUUCUUACUAUGCCAAAUCAUCCACUUGCCAGUAAAGCAUUCUUAUUCAGAGGUAUUAGGAUUAAGGAAGUCACCAUCUUCGGUCUAAUUACUAAUGUAGAAAGGAUGAAAUCUGCUAUUACUUACAAUGUUGAUGAUGGUACAGGUGUAAUAAUAUGUGCCUAUGAUGAAACAUAUGUGGAAACUCAUCACAAGGAAGAAACUAUGAGACUUUUGGAUUUCUUUAGAGAUCCUGAAAAUACUAAUCAAGGUUCCAAUGCGGCAUUACUGUGGAUGUUAGAAAGAGCAAUUGAUGUAUAUGAUCAGGAUUAUGCAUUGCAAGAAGGUGACUCUGUUUAUGUUAUUGGUGUAAUGAGCCAAUGCACAGAAGAAUUACGAGUUGUUACUGUGUCUUUCAUUUGUAUCCUUUUUAUUGAUUAUGAUUUUCGGUUACAAAUUUUACUAUGAUUUUGGUUUAUAAAUGAUAAUAUUUAUGUAAUAAUAAUUAAGAAUGUCAAUUUCAAUUUCAUAAAAAACAAAAAAUCUUAGAGGAAUAAUAUUUUUUGUUCCAGAAAUAACACUUUGAUUGCUAUCUUUUUUUGGAUUGUCCUCCUUUCAGGGAACUAAUGCAGACAUGCAUAAUAUUUAUUCACAUUCUGCUAGCAAAGUUUGUGACUCUCCAAAUUCUAUUUUGCAUAUAAAUGACACAACUAUGCACAUUGUGUGUAUAAAUGAUCACAAGUUUUAAGUAAGGAUUCAAGUUCAUGGUUAAACACCAAUUCUUAAAAUGUACAUAUAUCAAGAAAUAAAAUCCAGAUUUUGUAUUUAAAUUUUUGUUAUUAAUAUACCAUAAAUGCACACGUCUGACAGAAAUCAGGAAUAACUAAUUUUGAAACUUGGUGUGAAAAUGUAUUAAUUUUACAUAUAGUUUUCUGAGGACAUGAUGUGUUUAUCAAAACAAUACAUAUGGUACUCAGAAUGUUCAGAGGAAACAUAG